CCUGGAUGAAAAAAAAGUACCCCUGGACAGGGACUCAGUACUGGUACUCUGUGUAUAUAGACAAGUUAUUACCUCGUACCUCUGGACAGGAACUCAGUACUGGUACUCUGUGUAUAUAGACAAGUUAUUACCUCGUACCCCUGGACAGGGACUCAGUACUGGUACUCUGUGUAUAUAGACAAGUCAUUGUGUAUUUUAUUCUUGGGAAGGACCUACAUUGUUGGGAAGAGCCUGUAAGUAAGUAUUUAACUGUUAGUCUAUACCUGUUGUUUGACCAAGCAUGUAAUGAAUGUGUAUUUGAUUUGUCUCUUCUCCCUGUAAGUCCAUGAAGGCUCCAGAUCUGAAGGACAGGCUGGAGGAAUCGGAGAAGCUGAUCCAGGAGAUGACUGUUACCUGGGAGCAGAAAUUACGCAAGACUGAGGCAGUCGCUCAGGAGCGCCAGAAACAGUUGGAGUCUCUAGGCAUCUCUCUCCAGUCGUCUGGUAUCAGAGUGGUAGAUGACAAGUGUUUCCUUGUCAACCUCAACGCUGACCCCGCCCUCAAUGAACUGCUGGUCUACUACCUAAAGGAGCACACGCGUGUUGGCUCUGCUGACUCUCAGGAUAUCCAGCUGUGUGGUAUGGCCAUCCACCCUGAACACUGUGUCAUCAACAUCACCGCUGAGACUGGAGUGGUGCUCACACCACACCGCACCGCACGUACGUGUGUGAAUGGCUCUUCAGUCACCAACCCAGUCCAGCUUCACCAUGGAGACCGCAUCCUGUGGGGAAACAACCACUUCUUCAGGAUCAACCUGCCCAGACACCUGGCCCAUGCGGGGGGUGAGGAUGAGGAGGGUGGUGUGAUGAAGAGUUUCCUCAGUACUGACCAGUUGGAGGUGGACUUUGAUACGGCCAGUGACGUCUCCAGCGAGGUCAGCUUCGGAUACGAUUUCGCCCAGACAGAGGUCAUGAUGAAAGGCAUGGGCAACAACGACCCCAUGCAGUCUGUCCUCCAGACGUUGGAGCGACAGCACGAGGAGGAGAAGAGGACGGCUCUGGAGCGACAGAGACAGAUGUACGAGCAGGAGCUGCAGCAGCUGAGGAAGAGGCUCCCUCCUGCAGAGAAACACACCCUGCUGCAGAGCCCUGGGCCUGCAGACCUGGAGCCAGCCGGACCCUCAGCAGCAUCGCUCGCAUCAUCACCCUGCGCCCAGACACGCAUGCGCCGCUGGAGCGAGGACAGAGAGGCCAUGAUGACGCGUAGCCUGCGAAGGCUGAGACAACAGAUCGUCAGAGCUAACCUGCUGGUGCAGGAGGCUGGCUUCAUAGCUGAGGAACUCAACAAGAGGACGGAGUACCUGGUCACACUGCAAAUACCUGCUGCUAACCUCAAUGCCAACAGAAAGCGUGAUGCGGUGCUCGGUGAGCCCGCGGUGCAGGUGAGGCGUCAGGGGAAAGGGAAACAGAUCUGGGCUCUGGAGAAGAUGGAGAACAGACUGGUGGACAUGAGAGAACUGUACCAGGAGUGGAAGGACUAUGACGAAGACAACCCUGUAAUGCGUUCCUACUUCAAGCGUGCCGACCCGUUCUUCGACGAGCAGGAGAACCACAGUCUGAUUGGAGUGGCCAACGUGUUUCUGGCCUGUCUCUUCUACGACGUCAAGCUGCAGUACGCUGUACCCAUCAUCAACCAGAAGGGAGAGGUGGCAGGGCGUCUCCAUGUAGAGGUGUGGCGGGGAAGCGAGGGGCUGGAGGAGACCACUGCAGAUGGAGAGACUCGCAAAAUGGAGUGUGUGGUGAGGAUCCUACAGGCUACAGGUCUUCCCCGUCACCUGGGUAACUUUGUGUUCUGCCAGUACCACUUCUGGGGGCAGGACGAGCCUGAGUUCAUCGCCCCGGAGAUGGAGCCCUCACCUCCGUCAGCCAUCAGCAAAGAGCCCCUCUGCACCGUGCUGUUUGACAGUAGCAAGGAGAUGGAGGUGUGUGUGUCCGAGGAGUUUGUGGAGUUUGUGGCGGAGGGGGCAGUGGCCAUCGAGGUAUUCGGACAUAAGCAAGUCAACCACCGCAGGAACCUGGCUCUCUGGGAUCUGGGAGUCAUUCAGGCCAAGACACGAACCCUCAGAGAGAGGUGGAGUGAGGUGACUCGUAGAUUAGAGCUGUGGGUUCAGUUGUUGGAGCUGAAUGACGCAGGAGAGUUCACCCCUGUAGAGGUCCUACCACCCAAGGACGUGGGCACUGGGGGCAUCUUCCUGCUCAGACAGGGCCAGUCUCGUCGUGUUCAGGUGGAGGUCCGGUCCGUACAGGACUCGGGCACCAUGCCUCUCAUUGCCACAAAAAUCCUCUCUGUUUCCAUCGGCAAUGUGGAGGUUCGGCAGGCCCGCCCUUCGGAUGAGGACAUGGACAGCUAUCAGGAAGUUGAUCUGGAGAGGUUGAGGGACCAGUGGCUGACCACCCUCACUACGAGACAAGAGUACCUGGACCAGCACCUGCAGAAGAUGGUCCAAAAGCCCGAUAAGUCAGAGGAUGACGUGGAGAGGGAGGCUCAGCUGUUAGAAUGUCGUCUGACCCUGACAGAGGAACGUAACGCCGUCCUGUUACCUUCGGCUGGUAGCGGGAUCCCUGGAGCCCCCGCAGAGAGAGUUCCUGUUCCUGGGAUGGAGACUCACAUUCCUGUCCUCUUCCUGGACCUUAGUGCUGAUGAUUUCCAGGACAACCUGUCUGCUCCGCUGGCUGGAGGUCUGGACGCCAUGCUGAACCAUGAGGAUGAGGAUGAGUUCUUCGACCUGCACAUCGUCAAACAUUCCGAUGGAGAGGUUGGUGCGGAGGCGGCGUGGGACUCUACGGUACAUGACUGUCCCCAGUUGAGUCGCAGCGCGUCGGCUGACCUCCGAGUGUACCUGACAGUCAGGGUCGUAGUUCAGCUCUCACACCCUGCUAACAUGCAGCUGGUUCUCAGAAAACGCAUCUGUGUCAACGUAUCCGGGCGACAGGGUUGGGGUCAGAGUCUGAUGAAGAAGAUGUCUCAUCGCAGCACCAUUCCUGGCUGUGGAGUCACCUUGGAGAUCGUCUCCAACAUACCUGGGGAGGUCCAGGGUCCAGAGGACAGAGAGAUGCUGGCCAGACUAGCCGCCAGUGUGGAUGUUCAGGAUGUCCAGUCAGGGGACAGUGAGGCUGCCAUAGAGAAGUACCUCCGCAGUGUCCUGGCUGUGGAGAAUAUACUCACCCUGGACCGACUACGACAGGAAGUUGCAGUGAAGGAGCGGUUGUCUGUCAAGACCAAGUCUCCCAGACGUGCUCUCAGCUCUCCUAAUGUGAACCGGCUGUCAGGAUCCUGGAGCAGACAGGACCUGUCCACCAACCACAGGCUACAUGGCAACAAGGGCUGGUCCGAGAGUCACCAGGACCUGUCAGUUGUUCCUCCCCCGUCCCACUCCAGACGUACCCUCCCUGCCUCCACUCUACCUCUGGCCCAGAACAUCCUCCCUGACACUGGCCUCUCACUGCGCGGCGCUCGUGCCAACUCUUAUUUCUCCCCAGUCAAGGCUCUGGUCCCUCCUGUCCCCAAACUGCUCAAGUCCCUGUUCUCCGCCAGGGAGGAGAAGAGAGACCUGACUCCUGUCCCCCAGCAGCCUGUUCCUCGGAGCCUGCCUUUCAUCAGAGUGCAGUCACCAAGUGUUGAAGAGGACUUGGAUACCACACUUGGUCGUCACUUGGUUCCCAUUGGAGAAAUCAUCCCCACAGAGAGCCAAUCAGAGGCCCCAAAAACCAUGCCCCUCCCACCACCCAUCAUCCCUGAGAUGGAAGAGCCCGCCCCCAACCCGGUCAGCGAGGCGUCUACCAGCGUCUCCACGGCAACCCUGUCAGAGCCCUACCUGAUUGGUGGGGACGUCACUCCGUCAGCCAAUCUCAGGCCAGAUGGCUUUGAGGCGAUGCACAGGUCAUUCGAGGCAGACAUCGGUCGGUACCUUCAUCAUGACUGUAACAUGGCCGACCAGGAGGAAGAGGAGGAGACUCCUCAGAUACCCCAGGCCACUGCUACUGACCUGGAGGCUUCGGAGACCGAGGGGACUGAUACUAGUACACCCCAGACAGACAGGACUGAUACUAGUACAUCCCAGACAGACAGGACUGAUACUAGUACACCCCAGACAGACAGGACUGAUACUAGUACACCCCAGUCAGACAGGACUGAUACUAGUACAUCCCAGACAGACAGGACUGAUACUAGCACAUCCCAGGCAGACAGGACUGAUAAACUCAGAGCAGAAUCUCAUCUCCCAUUAGAACCACACGGCACCUCCGGGGAACCUGAACACGAGACUCCAUCAGAGUCACUGACACAGUCCAUGCCAGACAAGUCUACACAAGUCCACUACAGACUACUACCGUCUGUAGUGUCAGAACAAUCAGUCCAGUCAGAGUCACUGACACAGUCCACACCAGAUAAAUCUACACAAGAACCGUCUAUAGUGUCACAUCAGUCUGAACCACCAGUCCACAUAGAAGAACCAAUGGAGUCCGAGAUACCUCAGGAACAAGCAGAGACGGAGGUCAUGUUAUCAUCAUCACGGGACCAGACAGAACAACAUGUCGGCAAGUCUGUAACGGAUCUUCCAGAAUCAGAACGGUCUGCAUUUGAUCGACCAGAACCACCGGUAGAAUCGGCACCAGGUCUUAAAGAGUCUCCACCACUGGACCAGUCUCCACCAGCACCAGCCCUGCUACAAGAAUCAGAUCAAGCAGCCACGGAACAGACAGGACUGGGUGAAUCAGCUGGUUCAGAAUCGGUACUAGGCCAAACAGAUCAACCAGUAGAAGCAUGUCCAGACCAGUCCCAGCCUCCAUCAGAUCAACCAGUAGAAGCAUGUCCAGACCAGUCCCAGCCUCCAUCAGAUCAACCAGUAGAAGCAUGUCCAGACCAGUCCCAGCCUCCAUCAGAGCUACCAGAAGAAGCAUGUCCAGACCAGUCCCAGCCUCCAUCAGAGCUACCAGAAGAAGCAUGUCCAGACCAGUCCCAGCCUCCAUCAGAGCUACCAGAAGAAGCAUGUCCAGACCAGUCCCAGCCUCCAUCAGAGCUACCAGAAGAAGCAUGUCCAGACCAGUCCCAGCCUCCAUCAGAGCUACCAGUAGAAGCAUGUCCAGACCAGUCCCAGCCUCCAUCAGAGCUACCAGAAGAAGCAUGUCCAGACCAGUCCCAGCCUCCAUUAGAGCUACCAGAAGAAGCAUGUCCAGACCAGUCCCAGCCUCCAUCAGAGCUACCAGAAGAAGCAUGUCCAGACCAGUCCCAGCCUCCAUCAGAGCUACCAGAAGAAGCAUGUCCAGACCAGUCCCAGCCUCCAUCAGAGCUACCAGAAGAACUAGACCAGCGGGCACCGGCAGCCCAGUCUGAACCUGCACCUACCCAACAAGUCAAAGCACCAGCCCCAAUCCCAGCACCAGCCCAAUCUGUAGCUCCGGGACCUGCCCAUCCAGCUCCGACCUCAACACCAACCCCUGCCCCAGCCCCUACACCUGCCCAUCCAGCUCCGACCUCAACACCAACCCCUGCCCCAGCCAAAGCCCCUCUUCUAACCCUAAACCCUGUCCCAGCACUAGUCGUCAAAACUCCCACUUCCAGUAGCACAUCAGCCAACGCAUUCAAGAUCCAGAAAGUAAAGACAUCCGACCUGAAGUCCUUCAAACCUAUCCUAGAUGAAGGCCAGGCAGGGACAGAAAGAGCUGGGGCCAGUAGUCUGGGUGUUGACCUCUCUGUUCCUCUGGAGAGAUUGGAGAUCCUCUCCGACUCAGACGAAGGAGUCACAGACGUAACCACAGCCGUGCCUGACUGGCUGAAGGAGGGGGAGUUUGUGACUGUAGGAAGUCAUAAAAGUGGGAUGGUGAGAUACGUGGGACCUACAGACUUUGCAGAGGGAACCUGGGUUGGAGUGGAGCUAGAUUUACCUGCAGGGAAAAACGACGGGUCCGUGGGUGGAAAGCACUACUUCCACUGUAACCCUGGUUACGGUGUGUUGGUGCGUCCUGAUAGGGUGAGCCGUGGAGGAGUCGGGGGCGGGGCUAAGCAGAAGCGGCGACAGCAGCAGAAGCGUCGCAGUGCUAACCUAUCAGGGUCCAGCCCUAACCUGGCUGCCCUCACUGCCCAGGCCAAGGGAGAGGGGACUGGGGCCAGUCACAAGGGACAGAACCGCAAGUCCUGGAACAGCUAAGAGGAGAGGGUAGCAGGGUUGGGGUCAAUUUCAUUUAAAUUCAGGAAAACCGAAAUUCUAUUUUUUUCUCUAUGAGACAAAUUAACUGAAUUGAAAUAGUAUUGAGCCCAACCCUGAAGGGCAGUUUUCUCUGUAUAGUUCCAUAGGUGAGAAUGAACCAUGGGGAGAAGAGAGAUCUACAUACACUGAACAAAAAAUUUAAACACAACAAUUUCAAAGAUGUUUACACUUCUUAUAAUGAAAUCAGUCAAUUGAAGUGAAUUCAUUAGGUUCUUAAUCUAUGGAUGUCACAUGACUGGGAAUACACUUAUGCAUCUGUUGGUCACGGAUACCUUAACAGUUUCAAAAUAAGUAGAGGCGUGGAUCAGAAAACCAGUCAGCCAGCAGCAGAACACCUUGCACCCCACUGCUGGCUGACCUGUGAAGUCCUGGUCGGUCCCUGGAUGGGAGACCAGAUGCUGUUGCAAGUGGUGUUGGAGGGCCAGUAGGAGGCACUAUUUCCUCUGGUCUAAAAUAAAAAUCCCAAUACACAAGGGCAGUGAUUGGACACUGCUCUGUGUAGGGUGCUGUCUUUCGGAAGGGGACGUUAAACGGGUGGAAGUCCUGGGCUGGCGUGGUUACACGUGGUCUGUGAUUGUGAGACCGGUUGGACAUAUACUGCCUAAUUCUCUGAAAUGGCGUUGGAGACGGCUUAUGGUAGAGAAAUGAACACUCCAUUAUCUGGCAACAGCUCUGGUGGACAUUCCUGCAGUCAGCAUGCCAAUUGCCCACUCCUUCAACUUGAGACAUCUGUGGUAUUAUGUUAUGACAAAACUGCACAUUUUAGAGUGGCCUUUUAUUGUCCCCAGCACAAGGUGCACCUCUGUAAUGCACAUGCUGUUUAAUCAGCUUCUUGAUAUUCCACACCUGUCAGGUGGAUGGAUUAUCUUAGGAAAGGAUAAAUAUUCACUAGCAGGAAUGUAAACAAAUUUACUUGGUUUCUUUUGUAUUUCAACUUAUGAAACAUGGGACAGACACUUUACCUGUUGAUUUUAUAUUGUUGUUCAGUGCAGAAGUUCUGUCUCACUACUCCUGUACAAAGGUACCAGGGUCGGAUUAAAUUCAGUCAAUUCAGAAAGGACACUGAAAUUCCAAAUUAGAAUUUCGGUGUCCUUCCGGAAUUAAACUGGAAUUGAUUCCAACCCUGGUCGGUAGAGGUGCAGCUGAACACCACAGGAACAUUUCUAGAGAUAAGAGAUGCACAUCUUGCUCAUUUUUAAAAGUCAAGCCAUCGAUGGACAGAUGAGAGGGAUGCUGCAUCAAUAUGCAAGUCCAUGUAUCCAGGCUUUCAUACUGUUAUUUCAUAUAAUCUGAAUGUAUUUUUUCUUUGCCUUACAAAGUCGUAUAGUGUCUCUCAGGUUCUCAUUAAAAUAACUAAUGUGGUUAAGUAAUGUCACGACAUGUGCUUUCGGAAGCUUUGUUCACACUGCAGCUCUUAAUGCUCAAAUCAAUACCGACUGCAUUGUGUUACAUCUCUGCUACGCUCGUCCCUCGAUCUCCGUGCACACACCCGUCGUGCUAUACACACGUCUCGAAUCGGAUGUGUGUUUUCGGACUGUUGUGAUUGGCUGACAUGGCUGCUCUGGUUGUCAAGGUAACGGCAGGCGUACGUGCGUUGCUGUAGGCUGAUUGGUGGCGGUGCUCGUGUUUCCUCUCACUCAGAAAGCUGUUGUGCAGCUAAGUUGACUGACAACAAUGCCUGCCAUGGAAGUCUCCCAGUUGUUUUACAUGCUCAAAAUCAUCAAAGCGUGAGAACACUUACAAAGCCUCAAACGAUAAGAUGAUCCAACCGUCAAAACAAGUCAUUUUAGUCUGGCCACAGCGGUCAACCUAGGUAGCUGUUUAGUCAGUUGGCACAUACAGUCAUUUGUUUGUAAACAAUUUAACAAGCUACUGAGCUACCAUGAGUGUUUGUUGAGACUGUCAACAGAGUAGCAAGCAAGAAGAUGUGCCAAAUAAGUCUUAAAAACCACUUGAAGGAAAAUACAUUAGAUUUGACCGUUCAGACAUAAGUCAUUGGCAGGAAUCUGAUUUUGUAUCUGAUUUCAAUUCACCUCGAAAUAUCUGAUUCCAGGCUUUUAGACUGCAGGAAAGAGAAACAGAUUAAAAUCGGAUAUGCCUUAAAAAAAAAAAAAAAAAAAAAAGUGGAUUUGAGUCACUUCAAACUGCUAGUGUGAACAAGGCUUUAGUGGGUAUCAUUGUAUUGGAGUAGAACCCCAAAUACGUGAUGUGAUGCCCAAUGGGUUGCUCUAACUAACAAGUAGUGCACCACCCAGUGGGGAAUAUGUGUACUGACAUUACCACAAAUGAUGUGCCUUAUUUUAUUAACUAUUAUUAGUAGAACAGUAUGGCCCUUUUUUUUUGUUCUGAGUUUCUUUUUUUUCUAAGGGGAAAUAUACUGUAUACUUGAACUUCUGAAGAAGUUUGCACUCUGUCCAUUUUGUAAUAAUACUACUGAAACUCUGCUAGGUUUUAUCAUUCUGUGUAUCUGUUUGGUAAAGUGUGAUUUGGGGAUAAUAUUGGGAGGGGAAGAAUGCAGACUUGGGAGAAUCAGAAGUAAAUGGAUGAAGAGCUCUGCAAUGGUUUAGACAUUAUACACUGGGCUCGUUUUUUUAAUUUAUGUUUGAAAAUGUUUUUAUACUUGUGAUAUUCAAUUUGAUUUGACUAUGAAUGUUUUAAGACGGACAAUUAAAAAGAUAUACUAUAGAGGAAGAGACAAAUAUACAUGAUUUUGUUUUAUAUCAAUAUGGUGUUACAAUAAACGUCACUGUGGAUACAUCUGUA